AUGGCGCCAUCAUGCGGGGUCUAUACCUGUACUUUAUCGACGCCGAGAACGUGUGAGUAUGAUGCUGUAGCAUCUUUGCGUCGAAUGUAUGCCUACUCUUUAUGGCUUGGCGAAGCGCAUACGCCGCUUGAGCGUGUAUGCACGGCGCUCGAUCAACUUGAUGCGAAGCAUGUGACGGGUGUCAUGUCGAUGCUCCGAACGCCCAUGCAGCUGCGUGAAAAGUACCAACAGAUCAGGCAUCUGGAUUGGUCUGCAUUGGAUUCGACAGAAACAUAUAAGAAUGAAGAUACGUGCGCCAUGCACGCGGCCCUUCUUUACGGUCCCAUGAAAGAGGCAUUGUUGUCUGAACACCGAGACGCUGCGAUUCGAGCGUUCAUAACUGCGAUUCACUGCCGAGAAAUUGAGCUGCACUUAAUUAUCGUGUGCUGGCUGCUACGGCAUGUAGGACCUUUGCGCAAGGCCGAAGCACCCCUUCCCGGUGUGGACCAUCAUCGUGAUAUGCCCUGGGAGGCAUCAUACGACUCGCUUCGUCCCCUAUUUGACGCAUUGGCGGAUCAUGUGUGCCUUUUGCAGCUUUCAACUACCUUGGAUAGGAGUCCCGUCUCAGCAUGGCAAUUUGGGUCAGCCACUCGGCAAGCCCCCAUCCACGAUGAGCGUGACGAAGCGCAAUGGUUUUGUGAGGAUGUGAUUGGUGCCUUCUAUGCCAAGUCUUUACCUGCUGAGUACGGGACCCUGCGCGUUAAAUGCUUUGGACCUGGCCUCUUCUCAUCACCUGUUCGUCGUCGUCGAUGGCACCGUACAGCUUCAGCACCUCAGCCGCCCUCGCCGACCGUCACGCACGAAUCCCAUCCUAUUCUCAACGCCGAACGCACCGAAAAACGCCGACCAUGGCCCCAUUCCGUGCGCUCUCCAAAUCAAGUGCACAUGUCUCGUCGUCUCGUUCGCACUCAGUCGCAUAUGAUACAGCCGCCGCCACCACCACCAGCGCGAACCUCGAAACGCAAACGCCCGGCCAGUCGAUGGGUUUCGUCUCCUGUUAAAACGCUCGUAACAGAGACGCCUCGGCAUCCCCGACCACCUUCACACUCAGUGGUCGAGCCCAUGGCCGAUAGCGAUGUGGACGAUGCGCCUCUAUCACCGAGCGCCUCGCGCCUCCCCCACGAGGUUGGGAAUCGCACCGCUUCACCAGACAGCGACUCUGACGUGGAGCUUUUCAUACCCGCCGCCCAAAAAGCUGCGCGAAAACGCGAUCCAUGGUCGCUACUUGCUUAG